CCCAAAAUAAAAUAGCAAAAAUAUUAAAUCACUUGCAAAUUGCAGUUACCUUUUCCACACUCUCACACAAACUCAAAACACACACAUACUCCUAUACCAAUCACACAGACACCACACAAAAAAAAAAAAAAAAAAAAAGGAAAAAGAAAACUCAUAUUACUACAUUAUUAUUCUUACUGCAGUAGUAAGCACCUUCUGUUCUGUCCCGACCAACCCCUCAUACCUUGUCGCCUAACCGGCGCAGCCCAUUAAGUUCGCCGGAAACUUUGUCCAAAAGGGUCACCGAAUUCACUCAUGGCACUCAAUUCUGAACAUUAGAGUGCCUUCAAGUUUUCACCUUGUUUAUCUUCAAUUUUGGGUGCUGAAUCUCUAAAUCAGUUAAGGUUUUUGAACUCUGAGCGGUAUGUAUGUGGUGCCUCCGCCCCAGCGCUCCGAUCUGGGUUCAGGAUCCGAUGGUUUGCGGGUUUAUCAAGCUUGGAAAGGCAGCAAUAAAUUUUUUCUUCAGGGAAGGUUUAUAUUUGGACCAGAUGUGAGAUCAUUGGCGCUGACAGUUUUCCUUAUUGUUGCUCCUGUCGCAGUUUUCUGUGUCUUUGUUGCCAGAAAACUAUGGGAUGAUUAUUCUGACCACUGGGGGGCAUCCAUAAUGGCUGUUGCAGUUGCUUUCACAUUUUAUGACUUGGUUCUUCUUUUGUUAACAUCGGGUCGAGAUCCUGGCAUAAUACCACGCAAUGCACAUCCUCCAGAACCAGAAGGUUUUGAUAGUAAUGCAGAUAUCGGUGCUGGUCAGACUCCUCAAUUGCGGUUGCCACGGAUUAAGGAAGUUGAUGUCAAUGGCGUCGUUGUAAAGGUCAAGUAUUGCGAUACUUGCAUGCUUUAUAGGCCUCCUCGAUGCUCGCACUGCUCGAUCUGUAAUAACUGUGUAGAACGGUUUGAUCACCACUGUCCCUGGGUUGGACAGUGUAUUGGGCUGCGUAAUUAUCGCUUCUUCUUCAUGUUCGUCUUCUCAACCACGCUACUUUGUGUAUAUGUGUUUGCAUUUUGCUGGGUCUAUAUUAGAAGAAUUAUGGAGUCAGAGGAUACUACAAUUUGGAAGGCAAUGAUUAAAACCCCAGCCUCCAUAGUUUUAAUAUUUUACACCUUCAUAUCAAUGUGGUUUGUGGGUGGUCUUACUGCCUUCCAUUUAUAUCUAAUAAGCACAAAUCAGACUACUUAUGAGAAUUUCAGAUACCGUUAUGAUCGGCGGGCAAAUCCAUAUAACAAAGGAGUGUUGAAUAAUUUCAAAGAGAUAUUCUGCAUCAGCAUUUCCCCCUCAAAAAAUAAUUUCAGGGCAACGGUGCCAAAUGAACCAGCAUUACCUGCGCGAUCAGUAGGUGGAGGAUAUAUGAACCAAAAUUUGGGAAAACCUGGGGACGACAUAGAGAUGGGAAGGAAAGCAGUAUGGGAGAUGAACGCUGGAAUGGAUGAUUCAGAUAAUCAGUUAAACAAUGAUCGUGCAUCUAUAAAAGAUGGUGAGCUGUCUUCUGAAAUUAGGACGACAGUAGAUGAAACAGUCGACCGUGCUGGAAUUCAUCCUAGGCGAUCUAGCUGGGGAAGAAAAAGCGGAAGCUGGGAAAUGUCCCCGGAAGUGUUAGCCUUGGCAGCUAGGGUUGGGGAGCAAAAUCGUGCCGGUGAAGGUAACAGUGGUAGCACACGAGAUCAAUCGUAAGCAGCCUCCACAGCAAAUUGCCUGGGCAAAAGGGACUCGGAGAUUCGAUUUUAUGGUUAUUAAGAAAAAAGUUUACCUUUCUCAUGUGGUAAUUAUACAACAAAUUUAUUGUAUGUGCAAAAUUGGGGCUGUCGGUAUUUGCAGUGUGUUUGUAUUGUAAAAUGGAAUUGUUUGGAGUGUUGUGUGAGCUUUGUUCUGCUUUGCUUGAUGUUGUAUUUAUGCUUACAAAUUAAUUAGCCUCUCUCUGGUUGAAUGUCAUUGGCAUGGAGUAUUGUGAAUCUGUCUUGGAUGAACAAUGUGUCAAAUUAAAUUAUUAUUGCCAACUUAUUUGUGGUGAUUGAAUUGAA